AUAUAAAAAUAAUUCACCAAACUAAACCAAGCUGAAGUGAAGGUUUUCCUUUGCUUCCUUUUCUCUCCUCCACGAGUAUCAUCCUUGAGAAAAUAAAAAUAUCUAAUCAAUAAAUAUUCCUCCAAUUUCCAGGAACAAGUUAGCGUUCAACAACGAAAAUAUCCCCACCUAUACCUAAUUCCUGCAUUUAGAGCAGCCAUAACCAGAAUUCAAGAGCAAUAAGAGAGAGCAACAAGAUGGCUGGAGAAAGCGGGGACGAGGGAGGAAGUUUAAUGUCGUUGCCAGAAGGUUGCAUAGCAGAUGUCGUGUCCUUUACAGGUCCUUUUGAUGCUUGCAGAUUGUCAACGGUCUCUUCUACAUUUAGAGAUGCUGCCAACUCCGACACCGUCUGGGAGAAGUUUCUGCCUCAAGACUAUCACUCUAUUAUUUCCCGAUCAUCUGAUUCCUUUCUACUCGAUCGUUUCUCUUCAAAGAAACAGCUUUACUUCAGUCUCUGUGAUAAUCCAAUCCUCAUUGAUGAUGGCAAAAAGAGCUUUGCAUUGGAGAAAUGGAGUGGAAAGAAAUGUUACAUGCUUUCUGCAAGGGACCUCAAGAUUGUUUGGAGUGACACUCCUACUUAUUGGAGAUGGAUUUGCCUUCCGGAUUCCAGAUUUCCUGAAGUGGCAGAGCUUAUCAGUGUUUGUUGGCUUGAAAUCAGUGCCAGAAUUAAUAUCUCUAUGUUGUCUCCAUCAACUUUGUAUACAGCUUACUUUGUGUUCAAGUCCACAACAGGAGCUUAUGGAUUUGAAUACCAGCCUGCAGAGGCUGUAGUGGGACUUGUUGGAAGUGAAACUUGCAAGCAUAAUGUCUACUUGGAUGCAGAAAGGGGACGGAGGCGGCGGUCCCAAAUUGUAAGAAGGCGCAUUGGUUUACUUAACCGGGGUCGUAUUUUUGGGUUGCAAGCAUCUUUACGUAAUGGUGAAAGUGAUUGUAAGUAUCCGAAAGAGAGAGGAGAUGGGUGGCUGGAGAUUGAAUUGGGUGAGUUCUUUAAAAAAAAAGGUGAGGACGGGGAACUGGAGUUGAGCGUUUUAGAGGUGAAAGGUGGGCAUUGGAAAGGUGGUCUUGCAGUUCAAGGGAUAGAGAUCAGGCCAAAGGUAGAUUGACAUAUAAGAAAUUAUUAUUCUUCAUGUUUCGAUUAUGGAUUUUGUUGUUUCCUUCUGAAGUUCAGGCAGGAACUACUGUUCCAGAAUUAUAUGUUAAUGUUCCAUUUUCUAGGGAUGAUGUAAUCUACAAAAAGUAUCCUUGUCUAAGGUUUUUGCAUGCCUUCCGAGGAAUUCGCAAGGGGAGCGUAGGAAACUGCUGUAUUUGAGAUAAUCAUGGUGAGCCUCAAGAAAGAGACUAUUAUUAUUACUAUAUUUGAUGCAGUUGUGGCUCAAAAAGGAGAGACUCUAGUCAUGAUGUUUAAUCUUUCUAAAUCUUUUUAAUAGUUAUUUGAGCAAAAGCAAUACCAAUCAAGUUGGCUUUGGUGCGUGCAGUAAA